CAUCCCCCCCUCCCCCUCCCGUCUUCUCGGCGGUUUAGGUGGUCGUUAGCUAAAAUGCUCCGUCUUUCCUUCUUUUGCCCGGCUUAAGUGAGCGGGGGGACGCGAGGGGCCGAGAAUGUGCCUCCAAUCUGCUGCCCCCGGCACAGGAGCUCGGCUCUGGGCCGCCCUGGCCGCAAAGCAGGCGGUUCGCAGGGCCUCCCCUCCUCCCGGAGCAGCAGUGGUCAGUCUCGCCCUUGCUGUAAUUUAGUUCGGUGCGCCUUGGGGCAACGGGCUGCGUGGUUGUUGGUAAAAUAUGCUUUGUAAACGAAAGGGCAGAUAAGAUUAUGAAACCUCAUGAGUGCUAUUUGUUAGGUUAUUCUUUCUUACUAAGGGCUUUGGGUACAACCAAUAAAGUUUGGAUUAUAAACAUUCAGUCACAGAUAUGUUUUCUGCUGGCAGAAGUGGUUGAUGUAUGCUGAGGCUCAUGAAGGGUAUCACGUCCCUUUUGCAGGCUGUGUUUAUGGGACUUAAGUCUGUGUUUCAGGGCAGGCUUUUGCACUGUGCUGGUAUCUUUGUACCAGGUGAGGCUGUGCUGGCACUGGGAAGUUGGUUGUGUGGUCUUUGGAAGUUGGCAUCUGCUGAAGAUGGCUGGUGCCAUGUCUUUGUAGAGGCUUUGAGGGCUUCUCUGGGUACGUGGAGACAGCAGUGAUGUUUCAUUCAGGUAGUGUUGCAGUUUUUGCUCAGAAGGCUCUCUCAUUAAAAAUGUAGUAGUUGCUCAGAAUGUUUGGUCUUGAAGAGAGCUGGUGUUCAUGCUGUGUUGCCAGUCAGCUUAGGUAUUGGAGUCUAGUGGCAUGGAUUUGGUUAUAGAGUAUGUAGGAACAAUGAAAUCACUCAUCCUGUAUGUUCAUGUUGGCCAAAAGGGCAAAGCUACUCGGAGGGGGAAGGCUGCAUUUCAGAGGGCAGUACACAGGAACCGAGUAAAGUGUGGAGCAAAGAGUGCUUGAUUGGCUCCUUAAUUAUCUCUAGAAUGAGGGUAAUGGGCUGGUUCUUAUAGCACAGUGCUGUGCCUGGGUAAAGCACAUCAGCAGUGAGAUAUCCUUUGUGGAGACACAAACUGUGUCUAUACUUAGAGCAAGAAAAAGGUGGAAUAGCUAGCUGGAAGUCCUCCAGAUCAGGUGCCUCUUGGCAGAGGAGGGUUUAUCAUAUGGAUACUGCUCUAGAGACCCUGGAUCUCCAGUGGUAGGCAGUGAUCCAUACAUCCUGGCCUAGGAGAGAUUUAUGUGGUUUUGCCCUUCCUCUGUUACCUGGUAGUGUUAUUUCUGUCAUUUAUUUGGUGUUGGUGAAACCUCACUGCCUUCUGCUCUGGGUGUGGGCAGCAGCAGAGUUCAGUGCCCUGCAGAUGGAAUGGGUGAGCCUGCUUUGCUGGGUGCCACCUGUGAGAAGUUGAAAUAGGGUUGGGGUCUGCACCCUGGAGUGAGAGAGGCAACAUUGUUCUUUCCUUUGCUGUUACCAGAGCAGGAAGGAUGUAGGAGAUAUUACUGGAUAGGCAGGUAAUGUACUGUGCUGGGGUUAAGAGUGGGCUGGAAGAGGUGUGAUGUGUGAUGCUGGAGAGGAAGGUACAUACUUACAUGUGGCUGAUGCAGAGCAGGUUCUGGUUGUGGCGGGGUGUAUGGAUUCAUGGUUUGAGGAGAAGUAGGUUCUGUUGGAAAUAAUGGUUCUGUGGAAGAAGGAUGGUAAAACUUGGCAGUAGGUUCUAGCGAAUUUGGAGGAAACUGGAUCAGGGAAUAUUUCAUGAAACUUAGUGGAAUUAAGUCUUUGGAAGUGUCAGUUAAUGGUAUUCAUUUGCUUGAGAAAAGGUGAUGCAAAGUGAGAGCAAUAAUGCAAGCAAUGUGAGUGGGAAUUAUUGAGGGAGAAUCUGAAAAAAGUACAGUUUUGCAAAGGAGUGACAAAAUCACUGUAGUAUAAGAGAUUCCCAGCAUUUUUCAAUGCCUUAAACAGUUCUGGUGGGAAUAUUGGGAGGUCAGACAGCAAAAGAUGGUAAUAGAGAUAUAGAGAAAGAAACUGUGUUUCUAAAAUGAUGAAAGGAAUGGGGAGGUAACUUCUCCCAGCUGUGUGAAAUGUCAGUCUCCUUACCAUUUCCACUCCUUUUUUUCCUGCAUUUUCUCCUUACAGAACAAAUUUUCUCUUUCUACCUUUCCUCAUGUCCUCUAAGGAAUAACAGCAAGGAAGACAGGAGAAGCAAAUGGGUGACAUUGUGCUGGUGUGAUAAAUUUCAUGUCACAUUUCUGAAGGGGCAGGGUUUUAUUUCUGGGUUACCAGAGCUGUCACCUCAAUGGCUUGUCAGUUCUCAAUUGCUUGCACUGAGGUAUCUGGUUUGUGAACUGCGGUGAGGUUGGUGCCAUCUUGGAUUUUCUUGUCCUCUGAGGGUCUUAAGAGAAUAAAUGCCCCAGGUUUUAAGAUCAGAAGGGACUUAAUUUCACUGCAGCUGUCACCUGCUUUUGAUUGGAAGAUUACUUGGAUAAUCAUCUGAGCCUGGAUAUCUCCUUCCAGGGGCUUCCAAGAGCUGAUUUCUCUGGGCUUUAUGAAACCUGAUUGGAGAAAAGAUGUUCUCCUUCAGAUCUAGAAAGGCCACUUUGAAAAGGAGACUGCAGCUGUGUGAGCUGGUAUUAGUUCUGGUGAUUAAAGCAGUGUGUUUUACAGCCCAUUUCUCACACUCCAUCUAAAUUUGCCACUGAGAUGCCCAACCUGUCUUUCAGUAGGAAAGGAUAAUCAGAAAUGGGAUUGUUGAUGUUCUUGUAGGAUCAACAGUUCAAGGAUAUCUCCUGUUGGUCAGGCCUCAGCAGUAGAGGAGCAGUGAAGUGAUCCUAACAUGAGUCGUACCUGCUCCUUUGGCCAGGCUGUUCUGGGCAGCUUAAUUCCAACAGAUUAUUUCGCUGUGCACUUCUUGCUGCUGUUUGGGAGACUGAAGAGAAGAGGGGAGGCCUUGGAACUCUUUGUGAACCCAAGACAGCUCUAGCCCAGGCUCGUAUUUGGAAGGUUCUAAUUUCAAUAACUUGAAUUUUCCACAGAACUUAUUUCUGUGUGAGUGUAGACUGUGACCUUAUUGUGAUCAGUUUCCAGAUUUUUAAGAAAUAUUACCAUUUGCUUUCUGAAGCAGGCCACCCAGCUACUUAAUCUAGUGACUGGGUGGGGGAGGUCUCAGUGCAUGGUGAAGUACCUCCUGCAUGCCCAGGGUGAUGUACGGAACUUCUCCCGUGGGCUCCUCGCCUUGGAGGAGGCGGUUCUGCAGCACACACAUCCCUGUGUGCAGGAGCCAUCACUCUGUCUUUAUUUUUAGUGUUCUGAAAAUGGAUCAGCAUGGAUGCACACAACAAAUUAAUUUCUAGCAUAGAAUAGCGAGAGCUUCUGCACUGCUCCUUUUCUUACAAGUUUUGUUGCAGAUUUCUCUAGCUGUUACUGACGUGCUGUUAAAUUUCAGCCUUACCUUCUGCAGAUUCCACAGCUCUGAUGAUAUUCCAGAAGGAAGAGGAGGUGGUUUUGCUUGACUUCAACUGAGUUACAAAUUAAAAGCUACAAGUUCUGGCAUUCCAGAAUGUUUGGGUGCAUCUAACAAGGCACAACAACUUAUCCUCUUCCUAAGUCAUGAUGUAAUGCUGCCCAGUGGCCUUACUGGGCCUUUCCAAGGGGUGAAGAGCAAUGCUGGGAGAUGGACAGGCCUGCCCUCACAUGGGCUGCCAGCACUGUGGUUUGGCUUAGUGUGGCAGAGGUAGAUUCAGCACUCAUAUCCCUGUUGUACACAGAGUGAUGAAUGCUGUGUUGAUGAGGUGUUGGUUAAUUUCCAAAGCACUCGUGCAAAAUACAAAAAUCACAAUGGCAUGUUUCUCAGUUGGUGUGUUGACAUCAGCUGCCAUAUCUAGGAGAGCUGCUGUGUCUGGCUGUAGCUGCGUAAACUGAGUAUGUGUUGUGCUGUGUUAGAGUAGCCAGUACAUGAUAGAGAAUGAUUUCUGGAGUUUCAGAAGUGAUUUUUUUUCCCUCUGAUUUUUGGAGUGGUUGUAGCUAGGUAUGUCUCAUGCUAACAGCAUCACAUUUCUGCAGAACAAUGGCUGGAACUAUUUCAGAUGGAGCUGCCUUGAGUGUCCCUUCCCCAGCCCUUUGGAUGCCAGCUGAGCUGCAGAGAUGGCCCAUGGUAUGCUGCCUGCUUGAUGGAAGCAGCUGAUCGCAGAGAUUUCCUGAAGAAAUGGUUAUGUGCCAUACAGACAGGUUUACUCUCUGGCUUUGGUAACUUUCCCUGCCUUUAGGAAUCACCUGAUCAGUCUGAAAAACAAAUCACUUUUACAGACAGCAGGUUCCAUUUAGUUGUUGAGUUCUAGCUAAAUCAUGCCACAUGUGAACUGCGGGAGUCAAAUCAGCUGAGCCAUGGUACUGUCAGUACUCUGCAUACUAAUUAAUGUGGAAAACAACUGUGUCACUUAGUGGUAAUUACAAAGGAAGAACUUUCUGGAGGGUGCUGCCAGUUGACCUGAUGUUAGCUGGGAAGAGCCUGUGGUGAUGCUGAAACAUUCCCCUUUCUGAGCUUUCAGGAAAAGUCCCUGGUUUUGCCAAGACCUCAGAAGUGGUAAUUUUGGUCAUUGACUUAUAGGAUAAUAUUGUCCAAAGCUCCAGCACGAGCUUCAUUUAUAGGAAUGUAUCUAGAAGAGAAAGAAUCGCUUCACUCUGUGUUGAAGUUCUUGCAAGCAAUUGCUUUGAAAUGCUCAAAAUAAAAACAAAAUAAACCCUAUAUUCUGUGUUACAGCCUGUCACAUGCCCUAGGUAGCACACAGCUUCAGCUAUUCCUGAUGGUGAGGGAGAACUCCUCUUCUUCAGCCCACCCAAAUGCCAAGAGAUGCUGGCAGCAGAGGAUUGUCACCACUUUCUAGUUUGCAGAGUGCACGGGUUUGGCUGUUUGUGGCUACACUUGGAGCUGGGUUUUUUUGCUGUCUGUUUUGAGUUAGGCAUGUAGCCAUUUUUAUUUGAUUGUGUCAUGAAUGUGAAGUGGUGGCAAUAACAAUACCUGCCCUGUUUGAGGGGGUUGGGAGCCAUAGCAGGCGGAGCUGCUGCCCUUCGUGCUCUGCUGUGAGGGCCCGGGAAUCUCACCCGCAUUGCUGACUGCUGCAGCUCAUUCCAAAUGGUGGGUUUGUGUUGGGAAAAGCUUUCCCUUUGCUCUUUGUGCUGUGAACUAGCUCAGAUCUUCAGAUAUGAAGGAGAAGCUAUGAUUUGAUGGGAUGGGUGGGAAGAGAAGAACUUGUGAAGUUGACUGGCUGUUCUGUAUGGAAUCCCUUAGGAGAUGCAGUGAGGAACGUUCCAGUCACUGGCAGCUCCUGCUGCUGGAGGAAAUCCCAGCUCAUUUGGCCCAGGUAUAUGUGCAGUUCCCAACACAGGAGUUUUGCAAAGGAUGCUUGUCCAACUAGGCUGAGAGUCUGGAAACCUGUCGAUGAUCUAUGAUUCUCUGUGAGCUUUUCUAAAAUUCUGUUGCUAUGGCUCUGAACAACAAUGAAGGCUAACUGUGACAGAGCUGCUGGAGCACCCUGUGCCUAUCAGACGUGGAAUGCUGCUUGCACUGUUUGUAAAGCAGGAGAGCUGAGGUGUGCCCAGGACUGUGGAGUUGCAGUAAAACUGUUCCAGUGAUUGGUCCUGUGACUUCUAUUCAAUUGAGGCCCACAUUACGAGGGAUUACUUCUUCACUGGCAGAAGCUGCAAGGAAUUCAGAGGAGGAAUUAGUAAUAUGGUUGGAAGAACCAGAGGCCUGUCUGAGGCCUUUCUCCUCUGUCCUGCUUUGGAGAUUGGGUAGCCUCUGGUUUCAGACAUCUCAUCGCUUCCACCUGCCAACCUGUCUGAUAUGUCGGGACCCGUGCCGAGCAGGGCCAGGGUUUACACGGAUGUGAACACACACAGACCCCGGGAGUACUGGGACUACGAGUCGCAUGUGGUUGAGUGGGGAAAUCAAGAUGACUACCAGCUAGUUCGAAAAUUAGGCCGAGGCAAAUACAGUGAAGUAUUUGAAGCCAUCAACAUUACAAAUAAUGAAAAAGUAGUUGUUAAAAUUCUCAAGCCUGUUAAAAAGAAGAAAAUCAAGCGUGAAAUCAAGAUCUUAGAAAACUUGCGAGGCGGUCCCAAUAUAAUCACUCUUGCAGAUAUAGUAAAAGAUCCUGUGUCUCGGACCCCUGCUUUGGUUUUUGAACAUGUAAACAACACAGACUUUAAGCAAUUAUACCAGACAUUAACAGAUUAUGAUAUUCGAUUCUACAUGUAUGAGAUUUUGAAGGCUCUAGAUUACUGCCAUAGCAUGGGAAUCAUGCACAGAGAUGUCAAACCUCACAACGUCAUGAUUGAUCAUGAGCACAGAAAGCUUAGACUAAUAGAUUGGGGUUUGGCUGAGUUCUAUCACCCUGGCCAGGAGUACAAUGUCAGAGUGGCUUCCAGAUAUUUCAAAGGACCUGAACUCCUUGUAGAUUAUCAGAUGUAUGAUUACAGUCUGGAUAUGUGGAGCUUGGGUUGCAUGUUGGCUAGUAUGAUAUUCCGAAAGGAGCCAUUUUUCCAUGGCCAUGACAACUAUGAUCAGCUGGUGAGGAUAGCCAAGGUGCUGGGAACAGAAGAUCUGUAUGACUACAUUGACAAAUACAACAUUGAACUGGAUCCACGUUUCAAUGAUAUCUUGGGCAGACACUCCCGUAAACGAUGGGAGCGCUUUGUUCAUAGCGAGAACCAACAUCUGGUGAGUCCUGAAGCUCUGGAUUUCUUAGACAAGCUGUUGCGAUAUGAUCACCAGUCACGACUCACAGCAAGAGAAGCCAUGGAACACCCCUACUUCUAUCCCAUUGUGAAAGACCAGGCUCGGAUGGGCUCGUCCAACAUGCCGGGUGGCAGCACUCCUGUCAGCAGUGCAAGUAUGAUGUCAGGGAUUUCUUCAGUGCCAACACCUUCACCCCUUGGACCUCUAGCAGGCUCACCUGUCAUUUCUGCCACCACCACCCUGGGGAUGCCCGUUCCAGCUGCUGCAGGCGCUCAGCAGUAGUGAUGGGUUCUGUCUCCUGCUGCCUGAGCUGAGUCAGGUGGGGAAGAGGUUUCCCCCUCCGCCUCUCCUCAGGACGCAGCUCGUGCCUGGCAGGGGAAGGGAGGGGAUGAACGCUUUGGAGGCACCGUGUCUGAACUGUUGCUUGUGGAUUUAUAGUAGUUCAGUCAUUAUAUACAAAAUUAUUAUAGGCUGAUUUUUCUUUUUUUACUUGAACUUUUCGUAACUCAGGGGAUUCCCUGAAAAUACCUACAGAUGGAAAAUUUCUCGGACAGUUUCCCCUCCCCCCCUCUCCCCCCCAAAAAAAAGUACUCUUCAUUUAAGAGCAAAGAUGAGUCAACAGCAUUUCCAAACUAUUGCAUCCUGCUGGAAAUCUCUUCAUGUUCCCACCAUUACUCCUCCACAAGCAUACACCUUGGGGGAUCGUGCUGUUCUCCAGAGACUACCAAACCAAGUCUUCAUGAGGCAGGGGAGGGGGAUUCUUUAAGUACCACUCACUCACUUUAACCCCAUAGCCUGCAUAUGAUCCAGUACACUGAGGAGACAAUUCCAGUACGGAGAGGUGGUAUAAACUUAAAAGAAGUGCAGAUAAUGUCUAAAACCCUAUUUUGAUCAAAUCAUGUCUCCUUAGGAGCCAAGCAGAAUGCCAACUCACCCCCUUGCAUGUAAUUUUAGUCUUAAAACAUAAAGUGACCGAUCCAACUGAAGUCCUCUCCACCUCCUGUUAAAGGUGCUGCUUUAGAACCAACCUCUGAUCAGCACCUUUCUCGUGGAAGGGGAGGCUUCCUGCCAUUGCUUGGCUUGGAUCUCUGGAAUUAGUUUGUUAUUGGGUAUAUUGUUUUUAAAUUGUUGAUAUAGGUUUCAAGCUGGUGGCAACUUAAAGCUGGAAAAAUCAGACUGCGCCAAGUCAGAUACCACAUCUUCACCCACCAUCCCCUCCCUCACGUGCCAUGUGGUGAGAAUACCAGUUACCUCACAGUCUUGUAAAUAUGCACUGAGAGGAAGGAGUGAGCAGACUUAACUUAAACUGAAAUGGUAGAUCAGUAAUUGUGGACAAAUAUUAUCAUUGACAACAAAGAAGAAAAAAAAAAGCACCCCUGUUACAGCCCUGCUACCCCUUGCUGUGUAUAUAUACUUUGUCCUUCAUAUGUGAAAGAUCCAGUGUUGGAAUUCUUUGGUGUAAAUAAACAUUUGGUUUUAUUUAUCGAG